UAAAAUGGAUAACUCAAUAUCACCUAAAAUCAUUCUGCAACCAUCUUUGCGCCUUCCUCGACGAAUUUGAAUUAUAUAUAAAGAGACUCACCUAAGAUCUCUCUCUUCACACACACACAUGCACACUCUCUCCAUGGAUACACUUUUUCUUGCAGCUACUCUGGCUCUCGCUCUCUCCUCUCUCACACGAGGCCAGAGAGUCAUUCAGAUCCCACCACCACGUCCACUAUGCGCUUCCCAAUAUGCCCUGGCUAACUACGCCUGCUCCCGUCUCCCAAUGAACACGGUCCCACCACCUGCACCCAUUACCCCUCCUCCUCCUCCCAUCGCUCCCCCACCUCCUGACCAUGACCAUGACCAUCACGACCAUGAUCAUGACCACGACCGUGACCAUGACCACGACCACGACCAUGACGAUGACCACGAUGAUGAUGACGAUGACCAUGACCACGAUCACGACGAUGACGAUGACCACGAUCAUGACGAUGACGAUGACCACGACCACGAUCAUGACCGUGAUCACGAUGACCAUGACCAUGACCAUGACCGUGACCAUGACCAUGACCAUGACCAUGACCGUAACCAUGACCGUGAUCACCAUGACCACGAUCACGACCAUGAUCAUGACGGCGACCACCACAACAAUGACGACAACAGCCACGAUCGUCACCGACGCCGGCACCGCCGCCAUCACCACCACCACCAUCAUCGACACAGAGCAGAGACAUUCGCGCAACAAGAGUGCUGCAAGUGGUUGAAGCAAAUGGACAACGAGUGCGUGUGCGACCUUCUGGUUCGGCUUCCGCCAUUGCUAGCCAAACCUAUUCAUAACUACACAGUCUUUGUGGAUGAGUCCUGCAUUGUCACUUUCGUCUGUGGAGGCAGAUUCAUUCGCUGAUUCUCUUCCCUUUCUAAAAAACUAUAUGUACUGCCAUGUCUUCUUCUUCGAUACAAUCAAGACCCUUCCCCCUUUGUUUUUAUUUUUAUCUUUUAGUUGUCAUAAAGUUUUUUUUUUCUUUUUCUUUCUAAUUCACGCCGUUUAGUUUAAUUGUUGUACGUUCACCGGUCAUAUAAGUCAACAAACCAAACCAUUCAGGUGUCGUGAACACCAUUGGGCACUUGGCUCUGUGGGAGCUUGCUUCGUAUUCCAUUCCAUAUGGGCCGAAAUUUGCAGGACAUAAAGAUUAUUGUAGCCCCAUUAUUAAUU